AUUAUCAUAUGAAGUUAAAAGUAAUACAAAAGAGGGAAAAUCAGCUUAUUUAAGAAAGAUGCCCGUGAUCAACAUUGAAGACUUGACAGAAAAGGACAAACUGAAAAUGGAAGUUGACCAGCUCAAGAAAGAAGUUACUCUGGAAAGAAUGCUGGUAUCCAAAUGUUGUGAAGAAGUAAGGGAUUAUGUUGAAGAAAGAUCUGGGGAAGAUCUUCUAGUAAAGGGCAUUCCAGAAGACAAAAAUCCCUUUAAGGAGCUCAAAGGAGGCUGUGUGAUUUCAUAAACACAGAAGAAUUUUAUGGAGUCUCUUAAGUUUUAAUGGCAAUACUUAUUUGGGGUAUUAUUUAACAAUACUAUUAACCAUAUACUUAAGUUUUAAUUUCAUAAGAUUAAGAUUUUAAUAAAAUUUGGAA